GUGAUGACGUCAUCGUUUCCGACGCCAUUUUCUUGUUCGACGGGUUAAUGCUGCGUGAAUUUUCUACUCCAAAUGUUGUCGUUGCAAGUGCUGCCGAGCGGUUAGCUUUUGUAAGCCUGGAAGUUGAAGAGAUUAAGUUCAGAAUCACUAAAAUUACUGUCGAGGACAAGUUAUGGCGACGCAAGACAAAGGAGACGAUGUGGUGGAUGUGUUAACGGAUCUCAUGGCUCCAGUGGAUGACGAGUUUGCUGAAGAAAUGGACACAUCGCCAGCUGAAAAGAAGCCAGCUACAACCAAAGGACAGACUCCUCCUUCAGUAAAAAAGUCGACGCCCAAAACGAGCAAGUCUAGUAGUGCCAAGACCAGCAAGACAAAGACAACCAAGACAGCAGCCAAGACCACACCCAAAUCAUCCACACCAAAGUCUGCCUCACAGGCGUCUGGAGAGGCCACCUCAGGAGGAGAUGGGGAAUCGGCCAAGACAAUGCCCACCACCGCCACCAGGAUCAAAAAGGUCGUCAAGAAGGCAUCCCCGGGCGAAGCACCUUCAGUGACCAAGAGUAGCAGCGCCAAGGGGGCCGCCAAGAAGACAACUCAGGGCCAGAAAAGAGCUUCAAGUGGCAAAACGACGACAAAGCAGACUGCCAUGCCCACUAAGAAAGACAGGGAGGAAAACGAAACUGGGAAAGCAGAGGAAACGGCAGGGUCAGCCCAGCCUGAGGAGGCAGAAGAGGGGAAACGAGAUGAUCAAGACCCUGUGACCUCUCCACCUCCAACCAAGAAGGCUAAGCUGAAGACUUCAAGUAAAACAGGCAUACCGACAAAGAAGAAAGUCGCCACCUCCGCAAAGGAGGAGGCAGAGUCAAACCAAGCUGAGACAGAGGAUUCCCUCCAUGUGGAGGGAAACAACAAGCCAACUGAAGAUGGCAGUGAAGAGCUAGAAGCAAGCAUCCCAGGACUUGGCUUUGAGGAGGAAGCCAAAAAGGAAGAGCCCAAGGACGUCGAGGAGACGAGACCGGACGCCAUGAUAGCACAGGACCUGGAGGGUUUUGACACGCGCAGCGAGGCCAGCAGCAGCGACGAGAGUGAGUCCAGCCUGUCUGAUGUCAGUGCCGAGCAAUCUGAAGACAAGCCCCGAAAGCAUAGGCCUCGUAAGCGAUCUAUCUCCCCUAUUGUGUAUGAGAGAUCUGGCAAGAAAGGAAGUGGCCUAGAAUCAGGAGGUGAAAAACAGGCCCCAAUGGAGUCAUUGAGCAAAGUUCGCAAAGCAGAUCCAACCUCCAAGCUUAAGUACCUGUUCAGAGAUGCCCGCUACUUCCUCAUCAAGAGCAACAACCAUGAGAAUGUGGCCUUGGCCAAGGCCAGGGGAGUGUGGUCUACUCUGCCCAACAAUGAGCAGAUGCUGAAUCAAGCGUUCCGUGAGUCUCGGAAUGUCCUGCUUAUUUUCUCCGUCAAGGAAAGUGGAAAAUUUCAAGGUUUUGCGCGCAUGAGGUCAGAGUCCAGACGAGACGGCCCCAAUAUCAACUGGGUCCUGCCCAACGGAAUGAGUCGCUCGGUGCUGGGCGGUGUCUUCAAAAUAGACUGGAUUACCAGGCAAGAGCUUGCCUUCAGCAAGACGGGACAUCUCUUCAACAGUUGGAAUGACAACAAACCAGUGAAGAUAGGACGCGACGGACAGGAGGUUGAGACGCGCUGCGGUGAGGCCCUCUGCCGACUCUUCCCACAAGACGAGCACAUUGACGUGGUGGAGAUCCUGCGAGAUGCCCGGCGCCGGCGCCGUGAGAUGGCCACCCGCAGGAACCGGGAACCACUGAGGUUAGGACUCCAGCCUUAUGGCCUUAAAAACACGGACUCGAGCUGUCUAGGAUGCUACCGCUCGGAAAGGGGUCAUGUGGCCCCUGAUGAUGGACUACAGCCUCUCAAUGGAGUAAUCGUGGACUUUAUAACCAUAGAGCAGAAAAGGGGGUCACAUGGCCCCGAACAUGGGCGAAGGACUGUGUUGUUAGUGUCUCUUAGCAGCAGAACUGUGUAAGGUAUUGAAAAUACUGGCCUGAUGGCCGGUUUACGGUAAGGUUGGACACUACAGUCUUUGACCAUUUUUUAACAAACUGAGCAUUCUCUUGAUGGAGAAAUGUGUGAGAGAGGACAGUCUCUGUGAUAUCUGGUAGGUGCUGGAGUCUCAAGGUCCACCUUCAACGGGUCAUCUGCCAUGGAUAGCCGUAUGGUGCUCAUGUCACACCCAACAAAGUUGGUGAUGUUGCUGGAAAGUUGAAUGCUGCGAGCGACAGCAGCCAGUCACCUCGGCACGUUAGGCUGUUUCUGGGUCCGAUGUCGGACCGCUCCACAGCAUGUCAGGCUGUUACUUCACGUGUGCACCAGCCUCUGAGGGUUAAAUCCCACAGCAUGCAGCUGGACAGUUCAUUUGAAUGAGUUGCAACUUUACAUCCAGCAAGUCGGACAGAUGCUGUUUUGUUUCUUGAUGAUACAAUUAAUGAAAAACUCUUUGUUAUGCCAGUGUUACCGAAGGCAUUUUUAUAUCACUCAUUUAUAUGUUGUAAGACAUGGCACAUGUAAUGUGAGGCAGCAACCCAGUGCUUGAAAAGCUCUAGGUCGGUGCGGGACAUUCUUGUUGAAGAAUAUGGGCCCUGAGCUCCAAUGCAUGGGCCCCAAUUUUAUGUGCACAUGGAGAAGGGUAUGCAAAAAUUACUUUCAGCUGAAUGCGCACAAGCUGGGAACAACAGUAUGGGUGCCCGAUGCACAAUGGCCAAGUCUUACCUCUCACUUUAUCACCUUUGAAAAGUUACUUUGGGACUGUGGUUAAGGAACACGAUGCUUUCCCUGACUUGGUUCCGAUAUUAAAGAACAGGCCAGAUUUUUUUAGUAUUAACCAGUCCCAUACCGCAUAUUUUUGUCCAAAAUACUGAACUUCUAGCAUUUGCCCACCUUUAAAAUACAGCCAAAUCCCACAAAUACCGACUCCAGAGAGUCAAGUGUGCACUAUUGUCACACUUUUUCUUACCAUCAAUGCAUAUUUUGUUAGCACUCUUGAGGCCCUUGCCACAGUGAUAUUUGCAACUGUAGCAGGCCAUCGACUACUGUCGAGUUCUUAUUCAUGCUGCCUGCCUUAGCAAUCUCCCCAGAUGUCGUGUGUGUAUGUGUUUGCACAGAACAAAUGGGGUGCACUCGGGGGAAGCUUCAACGGUUGAAGCCUUCAGCUGCCCCAGGCUGUGAAUAUAGAUGAUCAGAUCAUGUUAAGACGUCUUGAGGCGUGAACUGUUAAAAGCAGUUAGAUCAGCAUUGCCAUGUGCGAAUAUAUUUGGUAUGCCUGGGCUGGCAUUAGCAGAAACAAUGUGGGUUCCAAACUCAAGAGGCAGUGCACACAGUGGUGAGUGCCAGGGAUUCAGGGUAUGCCGUCUUCAAAUACAGAAAAACGGCCUUAGCGUGCAUAUUUUUUGAAUGGUUGAGCCAAAUUUGACCAACUUUCCAUUCCAGAAAGCGUUAAGGUCAACAUGUCUUCUUAUCCCGCCGCUGCCACCAUUGCCUGUGCAUGUCAUUCUUUGCCACAGAGGUGCCAUUUCCUCUGUGUCCAUCCUGCAUGACUCUAGUUCCUGGUACACUCCAACAGCAGCUAUGCAUCCAUUAACCAUUACUAACCAGUCAGGCUAACCUGUCUUCCUCCCCCCACUCUCUGAGCAGAAAUGGUGACGGAUCCCGUCAGGUUCUUCCCCCACCACCUGGCUGAGGCCAUCAGCUGUGUGUCCAUCGCUGAAACGACUUAAAAAUUCUGCUGCCACUUCGCGGCUGAUUCCCCAAGGAUUCCUCUCUCUCUCCCCACGGACUCUAUCUGUGAUUUGAUUAUUUUUUACCCUCCUCCCACACCCCAGGCAGAACACUUCCGCUAAGGAAUGGACUUUCCCUCAAUCAUUGCGUGCCCAAGGCACCUUGGUAAUAAUCUACACAGCGCAUCUUGGCGGAAGCAGAUCUUCUACUCUGGAUUCAGGGAUUCACAGUGGUUUUGACCGAGGGGACAGGAUCCUGAAUCCAAAAUGUGUUUUAGAUGGAGGAUUCUGAAGAGGGGGUUGCCUCAAGAUCACACCACACCACUUGCAGUUGCCUUAUGUGUUUAUUUUGUUUCUACAUUGCCCUUCUACAUAAUGCGUUUGUGCUGGUAGUUGGACCUGGACGUGUAUCUUUUAUACCAGAUCUGAGAACGCUCUCAGAUUAUUGAAAUUAUUACUUGGUACUUGUGCUUGGCGUACCAUUUGCCCAUCUGUGUUACCACUGCUUUGACACACAACUUAGCAGAAGGCACUGCCAUACCAUCUCAGGAUAUUUCCUUCCUUGGACGUUAAUAUCCAGCACGUAGUUGAUGUUCACAAGCCAGUGUGUAGUUGAUGCCGAGUCCACAAGCAUAUCCACAAUCCACUGUGAUGACACUUUAUGGGCUCCAGUGCACGGCCUUCAAAGCCCAGUUUGCAUGCAUGGCGGGCUGAACUUUGUUCAGUCCUAUGGGAAAUGACCGGUGUCCUGACUGUACUUAGAACUGCAUCUAUUUGUCUCCCAAUCACAUGCUGAUGGAUCUUAGCCACAAUGGACACAGAGUUGAAAGCCAAGCCUAAUAGUGUAGUAGGCGUGCAUUGUCCACCGCACUGCACAUCACUCUAUCCUAUACAGCAAGAAGAGUGCACAAGUGGACCAAUUGCGUGGACAUUUCCAAUAUGGACGAUCCAAAAAGUCACAAUUUUGUGAGGAUUUGUGUACUUCUUGACCCAAAAAUGGAACUUUGCCCCAAAUGAAAUGGCGUUUGUGCUAACAUGGACAUUUACGAUGCUGGGACAAUAUAAUCACCCUUUGCAGACAUCUGGUAUGUGUUAUCGUAAAGGCCACACCCUUACACCUACAUUGUUUCCAUUUUGUGGGCUGUCGUUUUAGAAAUUUGAGGUGAAAAUGGCACAAUACUUCCUGAUGUACGUUUUUAUUUUGUGGAAGUGUACUAUUCUAAAAUGCAAGCUGCCAAAAAAAUCAGAGCAUACCAAGCUAAUGAAAUGGUCAUGUAAUAGAUAGAAAAUACAAAAGCAAUACGAGCCGUUCCAAGAGAUAAGACUCUAAUAUCCAUGAAAUCAGGCCAGACAUUGAAAACUCAAGAGGAUUUGAAAAAAAUAGUCCUCGACUUGCACCACUAGUCAACUGACAAACCAAAUAAUUGGUCAUGCUCUUAUGUCCGCUCAUAAUCCAACUCUGAGACAUAAAAAGGCCAAAUUUCACUUACUCCAACCAGGAAUUAUUGCAAGUCACCAGAGAUGAAGUGUCACUGAAUGGGAAAGUACGAUCAUCUUUUCACACAGUAACUGCAGAUGCCAUGUAAAUUCUGCAGCUAUUCUGUUGAAAGCCAAUGUGAAAUAUUACUUUGCAAGUAAAUGGUCAUCAAGUACGUAGUCACGAGCAAGAUCCGUUUUUCUUUCAAUGCCUGAUGGGUUUUUCUCAUAAUUCAAAUUUAAGCCGCAGCUUGUCUGAAACUUUACCCCAUUUCUCAAACGGUUUGGAAAGAACAUCCCUCAAAGGUCUUUAAAAGAUUCUGGGAAAUGUAAUGCAUUCACAGUGAGGCCAAAAAUGACGGGUAUGCAAAAUGCUCAAUUUGAUAGAACAUUCUUAACCACUUCCUGCUGGUUGGAGUUUAGCGGCAUGCAUCACCCGCUGCCGGGCACUAUUUCAUUUUUUUAUGUUUUCAAAAUUCUUCAGACAUUCUUAUGUUCAUUUAUGGAUGGGUACACCCAAACAAAUCACAGUCUUGUGGCAUGUCUUAUCUGACAGGCAACCUCCAUUGACGUGUGAGACUUGCAGCCAUGCACGCUGCCCGUAAAGAGCCCGUUUUGUGCGGUGUUGCGUGAUUUCCUCGUUCUGGAAAUUGGCCCAGUGUGUUGCUGGACAGUGGUGUUGUCUGUACAUUAGUACAGAUACCACGAGCGCUUUUGUCCCUGCUGAUAAUCAGCAGGCGCUGCCAGCGGCAAACAAUAGUACUGUUUCAAAACAAUGACAGAUUACAUGUACCUCCGCUAAAAAUGGCCAGCACUCUGCAGACAGCAUAUAAACCUUGAUUGGCAAGUCCUAACAGCUGACUGGCAGCAAGUAAACUUUUUCUAAAAAGCCGGGCGACUUUAUAUUUUUUCAUAAAUAAAGUUUCGAUUCCGGGCACCCCGGCCAGGCAUAUACAGCCAAGGUCUCCAGAACUGGGCUCCCCGGCGGGAAGUGGUUAACAAGGUUUCACCAAAGGUGUGGAUUAUAAUGCAGUGACAUCUGAGAUGUAUUAUUUCUGGAAGUGCCUCAUCACUGCAUUCUUGAUAUUAGCAACUCUUAUUUUCGAACAGUGCUAACAUGAUUUACCUGAAUGGAAGAGAACGUCGCUCUGCCAACAGAACACACAACAGUUUUCUCUGACUGUCAGUAGUUUUGAUUUUGAUGUCGGGAGCAUUGCAAUCGUGAUAUUUGAAUUUUGUUGCUUUUUGGAAACUUCUUAUUGCAAGCUCGUAAAUUGUUUUUUUUUUCCUUGCAAAGUAGUAGACACCAUCUUAUUUUAAAUAACUCCCUUAUUUCAUGCUGGUAACUUUUUUUUUUACCUUGUACA